AUGGCGCCAACGCUUCUUUUUACAGCGAUUGUACAUUUUGACGUUUCUUAUUUCUUCGUCAUCAGCAAACACACACUUUGCUAUCUAUCUAUCUAUCUAUCUAUCUAUCUAUCUAUUCCGAACCAUACGCAUAUCUAUCUCAGUUUGUUCACAUCUAUCUUAGUAUGUUCACAUCUAUCUAUCUAUCUAUCUAUCUAUCUAUCUAUCUAUCUUAGAAUGUUCACUAUCUAUCUAUCUAUCUACCUAUCUAUCUAUCUAUCUAUCUAUAUAUAUAUAUAUAUAUAUAUAUAUAUAUAUAUACUAUAUCAGUAUUAUCACAUCUAUCUAUCUAUCUAUCUAUCUAUCUAUCUAUCUAUCUAUCUAUCUAUCUAUAUUAGUCGAUUUCAUGUUUUUGCUAUAAUCUCUAUCUAUCUAUCUAUCUAUCUAUCUAUCUAUCUCAGUCUGAUCAUAUCUAUCUAUCUAUCUAUCUAUCUCAGUAUGUCUAUCUGUUUUCUUUCUCUAUCGCUCUUUUCCUACCCUUUCCUCUCUCUCUCUUGUCCAAUGUUUCUCUAUCUCCCUUCCUCUAACUGUCCUAAUCUCUCUUUCUCUACCUUUCUCUAUUUGUACUUUUAUCUAUGUUGCCUUACCUUUUCCUAUCUCUCUUUCCCUAUCAUUCUCUAUCUCUCUUUUUCUACCUUUCCCUAUCUUUUUGCCACACAUUUCCCUAUCUCUCUUUCUCUAUUUCUCUUGUUGUACUUUCUCUAUCUCUUUUGCCCCUUUUCUACCUUUCCCUCUCACUCUCUCUCUCUCUCUUUUGCCCUACAUUUCCCUAUCUCUCUUUUUCUACCUUUCCUUCUCUCUCUUGCUCUACCUUUCCUCAUCUCUCUUUUUCUACAUUUCUCUAUCUCUCUAGUCCUACCUUUCCUUAUCUCACUUUUUCUACCUUUCCCUCUCUCUCUCUUGCUCUACCUUUCCCUCUCUCUCUUUUUCUACCCUUCACUCUCUCUUUUUUCUACAUUUCCCUCUCUCUCUCUUGCCUACAUUUCUUUAUCUCUCUUUUUCUACAUUUCCCUCUGUCUCUCUCUUGCCCUAUCUCUAUUUUUCUACCUUUCUUUCUCACUCUCUCUCUCUUGCCCUACAUUUCCCUAUCUCUAUUUUUCUACAUUUCCUUCUCUCUCUUUCUAUACCUUUCCUCAUUUUUCUUUUUCUACCUUUCUCUAUCUCUCUUGUCCGACCUUUCCUUAUCUCUGUUUUUCUACCUUUCCCUCGCUCUCUCUUUUUUCUACCUUUCCCUCGCUCUCUCUUUUAUCUACCUUUCCCUCUCUCUUUUUUCUACCUUUCCCUGACUCUCUUUUUCUACCUUUGCCUCUCUCUCUUGCUCUACCUUUCCCUCUCUCUCUCUUUUUUUACCUUUCCCUCUCUCUUUUUUCUACCUUUACCUCUCUCUCUCUCUUGCCUACAUUUCUUUAUCUUUCUUUUUCUACCUUUCCCUCUCUCUCUCUCUUGCCCUCCAUUUCCUUAUCUCUAUUUUUCUACCUUUCCUUCUAA